UUCGACUCAAGACCCAGGAUGUCGUUCCCCCCUCAUUUAAACCGGCCACUGUUGCCCCCUCCCGGGUUACCCCCUCAGUAUGGCUUUCCUACAGUUGUUGUUUCAUCAGCCCCAAUGAUCCCAGUCCAUAUGGGCAUCAUGACGCCCACCCCUGUAAUGGUGUCGUCUCUGCCUGUGGUCAGUAAACCUCCUGUCCAUAAGAAAGAUGCUUUUCUCCGAGCUAAAGACGACGACUGUGGGCCUACCACCACAGUGUUUGUGGGUAACAUAUCCGAAAAAGCGUCGGAUAUGUUGAUUCGACAACUUCUGGCGAAAUGUGGAAUAGUCUUGAGCUGGAAAAGAGUCCAGGGAGCCUCAGGCAAGCUUCAAGCUUUUGGGUUUUGUGAGUACAAAGAGCCGGAAUCCACUUUGCGAGCCCUGCGGCUACUUCAUGACUUGCACAUCGGUGACAAAAACCUUCUCGUGAAGGUGGACGCCAAGACGGAAGCACAGCUUGAUGAGUGGAAAGCCAAGAAGAAGAGCGCAAAUGGGAAGGUAGAUGCAGACAAUGGAGACGAUAAAGAGGAGGUUCUGGAUGAGGAAACCAAGAAGAAGGAUCAAAAUGUGAAAGGUGCUAUUGAUGGAUUAAUGAGAGAGUAUGCGGACGAGCUCAACGCGCCUUCACAAGAUGAUGAUUCCCAGCGGCGAAAGAGAAAAAAGGACAGAAAGGAAGAGGUGGAUUGACACACCUUUCCAGUCUUGGCAUAAAAAAUUGUGUGAGCUAUUUCAAGAACGUCUCUUUCCUGUAAUUCAUAGGAUGACUUGAACACAAUUGAUAUGGAGGAUGACAAGAGAGACCUGAUUUCCAGAGAGAUUAGUAAAUUUCGAGACACUCACAAGAAACUGGAAGAGGAGAAGGACAAGCGCGAGAAGGAGCGUCUGGAGUUUGAGCGGGAAAGGAAGGAACGAGAAAAGGAGAGGGAGCGGGAGAGAGAGCGGCGGGAUCGCGAACGGGAGAAGGAGCGCGAGAGGGAGCGGGAACGGGAGAGGGAGAGGGAAAGGGAACGAGAGCGGGACAGGGACCGAGACAAAGACCGCGAGCGCAGGACCAGAGAACGAGAGCGGGACUGGGAGAGGGACAUCAGCCGAGACAGGAGCGCUGCUCGCAGCCGGUCCAGGGAGAAAAGCCGAGAUCGAGACAGAGAAAAGAAACGAGAGCAAGAGGAUGAAGAGGACGUGCAUGAACGCAGGAGGCUGGAGAGGAAGCUCAGAGACAAAGAAGCAGCCUAUCAGGAGCGCCUAAAAAACUGGGAGCUCAGGGAGAGAAAGAAAGCACGAGACUACGGCAAAGAUGCCGAGAGGGAAGAUGAGCGCAGACGAGAGAUGGUGAAGGAAGGCAAGCGACUAAAAGAGUUCCUGGAGGACUACGAUGAUGACCGAGAUGACCCCAAAUAUUACAGGGGCAGUGCACUGCAGAAGCGCCUCCGUGACCGAGAGAAGGAGGUGGAGGCGGAUGAACGUGACAGGAAGAGGGAGAAGGAGGAGCUGGAGGAGAUCAGACAGCGGCUGCUAGACGAGGGACAUCCAGAUCCAGACGCAGAGCUACGCAGGAUGGAGGAGGAAGAGGAGGAGCGUCUAAGACGACCUCCCGUGGUCCCCGAGCCUGAGCCCGAAGAGCCACGGGAGCGCCAUAGGGGUUCAAGGGACCACAGAGACCACCGGGAUCGCAGAGAGGACCAAGACAGACCAGAGGCUCGCCCGGGCCCUGCCCGCUCAGAGGAUGAGGUGGAGGAAGGCGAAGAUGACGAUUAUGAUGACGAAGAUAACCCCGAAGUGAAACCCUGCCUCAAGCCCACAAUGAGGCCCAUCACGGCGGCGCCCUCCGUGUCAUCGGCCAGUGGCAACGUGUCUCCUGACACACCCGGCAACGAGUCGCCAUGCGGCAUCAUCAUUCCCCACGAGAACUCUCCUCCUGAUGCGCUACCCCAGGAUGAGAACAGACCCAAAAUUGGCCUCAGUCUCAAACUGGGUGCAACAGGAAGUCCUAGUCAGCCCAACGCCGGCAAGAGGAAGAAGCUCCCAGUCGACAGCGUCUUUGACAAGUUCGACGAGGAGGAAAUGGAGGAACAGCCACGCAAGAGGAAGCUGGUGCCCCUGGACUACGAUGACGACAAGAGUCUGGGGGUGGACGGCGCCGGAUUUUCGGCAGUCAAAGGGCCCAACUCUGAAGAGAAGCGCAAACACAUCAAGAGCCUGAUUGAGAAGAUUCCUACAGCCAAGCCAGACCUGUUCUCCUACCCGCUGGACUGGUCCAUGGUGGACACAACGUUAAUGGAACGACGCGUUCGGCCUUGGAUCAAUAAAAAGAUCAUUGAGUACAUCGGAGAGGAGGAGCCAACGUUGGUGGACUUUGUUUGCUCCAAGGUGAUGGCUCACAGCACCCCACAGGGCAUCUUGGAUGAUGUUGCUAUGGUUCUUGAUGAAGAAGCUGAAGUCUUCAUUGUGAAGAUGUGGAGGUUACUCAUCUAUGAAACGGAGGCCAAAAAGAUCGGGUUGGUCAAAUAAUUGAAAGAGCCACCAAAAGAUAACCAUUUCCUUUCCAGGUUGUAUAAUAGUUGGUUUUGUCACCCCCCAAACAAAGCAACUUGUCCUAACCUGCUGCUCAUCAUCUUAAAAAGACACUCACUGUCUUCUCUUUUUUUUGUAAAUAGUUUCACUUGAUCAAAUCAUUUGGAAGGGAACAGCUGAUUUACAUCCAGGACCAUUUGUUUUUAUCUGCUUCUUUUGAUGAAGUUCUUCAGCAGCGUUACCUUCAUCAGUGUGUGAAAAUGUGCUGCCAUGCUAAUGUAAGUAGCUUAACUGGAUGGAUUUGGGUGUGCAUACAUGGAACAAGUUUUAGAUAAAGUGCUUGUUAACUGAGGCCCUGAAUACAACUACACAACAUCCCUGCAGCUAAAGCAUUUGUCAUAACCACUGCUGGAUGUUAGCUUUAACAAGAUACUUUUUUUUUGUAUUGGUAAACAUUUGAAUAAAAUUGAGUUGUUUUGUA